AUGCUUCAAUCCACUAUUAUCCUCGCGCUCGCGAGUACAUCCCUUGCUUCCUUUGCUGGGAACUUGAACUAUCGCAGCCCGUCUCACAAUCACCCCGCCCUCGGCAUCUCAAUUCCUAAGGUGCUGAAGCGCUCGGAUCCGCUGGUAGAGUAUUCAGUGGACAACUUGGAAUUCACGCACGGCAUCGCUUCCGGAGACCCUUAUCCCAACUCCGUCAUUCUCUGGACGCGAUGCGCGCCUUCGACAGACAAUGUUAAUGAGUCUGUUGCGUCUGAGGGUGGCGGCCAAUUGUACGACUCUGUUCCUAUCUAUGGGGAUAGCGAGAGCAAUGCGCCAGUGUCGAAGGCUCCCGUAUGCGUGGAGUAUAACGUCUCCCCGGACAAGGGCUUCAACCAGAUUGCUGAUCGCGGCACCGUUUACACGAGCUCAGAUAUUGAUUUCACUGUCAAGGUCGAGGCAUCCCAUUUGAAGCCAUUCACUACAUAUUACUACAAGUUCAAUGUCUGCGGUUCGGAAAAGUCUAGCCCCAUUGGAAGAGCGAAAACGUCCCCGACCGAAUACGAUGAGGUUGCGGAUAUAUCACUCGCAGUAUAUUCUUGCAGCAACUUCGUUAACGGAUAUUUCAACGCAUACGGAAAUACAGCUCGCAAGGACUCUGUUGACUAUGUCGUCCAUCUCGGUGAUGGCUCCAGCAUUGGGCGCAAAAUUUACCCGCAAAAGACGAUAUACACUCUUUACGAAUAUCGGAAGCGUCACGCGACUCAUAAAACGGAUGAAGAUUUACUUUUGAGUCACCAGACUUUCACAUGGAUUCCUGUGUGGGAUGAUCAUGGUUCGUCAAUAUUCUCUAUGACAACCAUGGUAUCUCUUUCACUGACAUCUGGACCAGAGGUUGCGGAUAAUACGUACCGUGAUGGAUCCUCAUUACUCCGUAAUAUUGAAGGGUCCUUCAUUGUCGAUGGCGGAGUUUCUGUUGACCAGCGCAAGAUGAAUGCAGUCCGUGCCUACUUCGAAUGGAUGCCUAUCAGGCAAGUUGCGAUGGACGACAACCUCAGGAUCUGGCGAAACUUUAAAAUCGGCAACCUUCUCGACCUUAUCAUGCUUGACACACGCCACUAUGAUCGAUCCAUUACGGAUCUAUAUCUGAAUAGCGGCUAUAUCAGGAAGAUUGCGGACGACAUCGGUCGAUCGAUGAUGGGACCUCGUCAGGAAUAUUGGUUUUAUGAGAGCUUGAAAUCCUCUGCUAAGAGGCAGGCCACCUGGAGAGUUAUUGGCAGCCAAACUGUUUUCUCCCGCGUGGAUGAGUCGGGAUCCAUAGGUCUUGGUGUGAACGUUGAUUCCUGGGAUGGUUAUAGGUCCAAUCUCAACCGUACCUUGAGGACUCUAUACGAGAACAACAUCGGGAACAACAUCGUCAUCGCAGGCGACAGCCAUGCCAAUUGGGUAUCUGACCUCACCUGGCUCGACGAGUAUCCAUACGACCCGGCAACGGGUGAAGGGGCAAUUGGUGCUGAAUUUGCCGGUACGGCAGUAACCAGUAGCGGGCCCACAUCCCAUGUUGGUAUUGGCAACUUGCAGGCGGAAACGUUGAUAAACAAGAAUAGAGAGCUGCAGUGGUCCGAGUUAUACUACCGGGGCUACUUCGAGCUGACCCUCUCGCACACACGCACUGAUGCUAAAUUCUUUGCGAUCCCCGAUAUCAAGAAGAGAAGCCCCCUUGAGAUCUCGAUGGCUAAUUUCACUGUCAUCGCCGGUGAGAAUCGGCUUUCCCGGACCAAUGGGUCACCCUCGACGAACGGACAGGGCGUGCAUAACGGGGCAUUGAAAAAUGGGAGGAUUCAGAAACAAACUGUCCAGUAUAAUACCGAGACUAAGGAGUGGUCUGGUAUUUAA